AAAAUGAAUAUCCUAUUAAACAAAGAGCAUAUCGAGCAUCCCCUAUAGAACAAAACUAUAUAAAAGAAGAAAUUGCUAAAAUGAAAAAAGAAGAAAUAAUUCAUAAAUCAAAAAGCCCUUGGAGCUCUCUAGUA